AUGAACCUAUGGCUGCGUGGUGUAAGAGAUCUCUCUGGAGUUCUGGAAGGUGUCAUCCAGUCAAACAGGAUAAUCGAUAAUGCAGAGGUCAGUGUCGACGACUCAUUUUCAGAUGCAGACACCCUAGAGGUAUCUCUUCGCUUUGUGGAAAGGCUUGGUGGCCUCAACGGUCUCAAGUCAUUGCGUCUACUCCCAGACAAGGUCCAUAUUAUAUACGAAGUCCCAGUCAGGUUGUUGACGAUUGCUCUACAGUGGGCACGAGGGCUCCAAAUGUUCUCGAUAUGUGCGGUGGAUUUGGUUGGCAACCAAGAUGAAUUUGUAGAGUUCAUGGAGUCCUUGCGCAAUCAUGCUUCUCUGCACCUGGUACGCCUGAUUCGUUGUGGGCUUCCCGACACGUCUCCGCCAAUGUUGGCAGACUUUGUUGCUCAUAUGAAACCUGAACUGUUGGUGGAUCAAACAAAGAGAUAA